AUGGCCCGAUUCCUGGGCUUUCGAGGCCACCGCCUCAAUGUGGCCACCAUCCUGCUGGUUGUAUUUCCAGCAUACAUGUGCUUUGGAUACAACCUGGCUGUGGCCGGCGGUUUGCUCACGAUGCCCUCUUUCAUAAAGCAGUUUCCCAAGAUGGACACGGAGAAUAACACGAGCAAACUCAACUCGAACGUGCAGGGAACCGUCGUGGCAUUGUUCACUAUCGGCGGUAUUCUCGGGGCAUUCUCGACUAUCCUCGUAGGAGAUCUGCUUGGCCGGCGACGUGUGAUUUUCCUGGGCUCAGGGCUCGUCAUCAUCGGGGCCCUGCUCAUGUCGUCGUCGUACUCGUUUGGCCAGUUCAUCGUCGCCAGACUCAUCCAGGGCAUCGGUACCGGCGCCACGACCGCGACAGUGCCCGUCUGGCAGUCGGAAAUAUCAGGCUCGUCGCACCGCGGCGCGCAUGUUGUGACCGAGGGUCUCUUCAUCUCCACGGGCAUCGCAGCCUCGCUGUGGAUUGAUCUGGGCUUCUCGUUUAUCGACACCAGCUCCGUCUCCUGGCGCAUCCCGCUGGUCGUCCAGGCGCCCCUGGCCAUUUUCGUCAUGAUCUUCAUCUUCCAACUCCCCGAGUCUCCGCGCUGGCUGCUAGGCAAGGGCCACGACCAGGAAGCGCGGGAAAUUCUGGGCAUUCUGCGCGACGUCGAUGCAGACUCGGACACGGUGCGCGGCGAGGUCGCCGAUAUCGAAAGGUCGCUCGAGCUGAUCGGCACGGUCAACAAGUGGGAUCUGUUUUCGCUCGGCGAGAAACGCAAUUUCCAUCGAUUGGCGCUGGGGAUGGCGGGCCAGUCGUUCUCGCAGCUGUGCGGUAUCAACUCGCUCACGUUCUACGCUACCAUCAUCUUUGAGCAGCGUCUGGGCCUGGGUGGUACCGACUCGCGCAUUCUCAGCGCCGCGAUGACGACGAUUCAGAUCGUGGGCGCGCUGGCUGCGGUCCUGACUAUUGACCGUCUCGGGCGUCGUCCGCUGAUGCUCACCAGCGCGUCUGGCAUGUGUAUCUCCAUGGCUAUUCUGGCCGGUACCACGUCGACGGCGAACAACCAGGGUGCACUGAUUGUGGCUGUUAUCUGCCUUUUCGCGUUCAACAUGUUUUACCCCUUUGGCUUCCUCGGCUUGACGUUUUUGUACUCGACUGAGGUGGCGCCGCCACAUCUGCGCGCCAAAAUUAGUGGCGUGUCCAACUGUUUUACCUGGUUGUUUAACUUUGUGGUUGUCGAGGUCACGCCGACGGGCUUUCAGACGAUUAAUUAUCGAUACUAUAUUAUCUGGGCAGUUAUCAACUUUGCGAUCGUGGUCACGGUGUACUUUUUGUUCCCAGAGACAAAUGGCCGCUCGCUCGAGGAGAUGGAUGAGAUAUUUAUGCUGUCGCACAACAUUUUUGAUUCGCCAAAGGUUGCGAGGAGUUUGCCGAGUAGCGAGCAUUUGGAAGUUGGCGAGGAUGGGAUUAAAAGUUAG